CUUAGAGGAGUUUAUCCAUGGUGUUGGUUUGCUCUAUCACACGACACAUUCCUUGGUAGUGGAAGGACCCUACAACUCUUCUGGAAGGUGGGAUGGACAUGUGUACCCAAAGCAGGAAAUAUGUGAAUGCCCUAUGCCAGUAUUUGCUCUUGUAGAACUUUAUUAAAAGAGGAAGUCCUCUAGCACGGGGCUGGGCACGUAGUGGACCCUGCAUUCUUGGAGGCCACUUUCAUCUCUGUUUCCUUCCUAGGACUCGCUCACUUCCUGCAUCCCCAAAGAGCAGCUUCCCUCCCCUGGUACCCAGCCCGGGCCUUUCAUGAAGCAGUGAUCAGCCUGACCCUUGUCUCUCCUGACCCCUUACAGAUGUCCUGGCGUCCGCAAUACCGCAGCUCCAAGUUCCGGAAUGUCUAUGGGAAGGUGGCCAACCGAGAGCAUUGCUUUGAUGGCAUCCCCAUCACCAAGAAUGUGCAUGACAACCACUUCUGUGCUGUCAACGCCCGCUUCCUGGCCAUCGUCACUGAGAGUGCAGGAGGUGGCUCCUUCCUCAUCAUCCCCUUGGAGCAGACAGGCAGGAUUGAACCCAACCACCCUAAGGUCUGUGGUCACCAAGGCAAUGUGCUGGACAUCAAGUGGAACCCCUUCAUCGACAACAUCAUUGCCUCAUGCUCAGAGGACACAUCGGUGCGGAUCUGGGAAAUACCCGAGGGUGGGCUGAAGCGGAACAUGACUGAGGCGCUCCUGGAGCUGCACGGGCACAGCCGGCGUGUGGGGCUGGUCGAGUGGCACCCCACCACCAACAACAUCCUGUUCAGUGCUGGCUAUGACUACAAGGUCCUCAUCUGGAACCUGGACGUUGGAGAGCCAGUGAAGAUGAUCGACUGCCACACAGACGUGAUCCUCUGCAUGUCCUUCAACACGGAUGGUAGCCUGCUCACCACCACAUGCAAGGACAAGAAGCUGCGUGUGAUCGAGCCCCGCUCCGGCCGUGUUCUGCAGGAGGCAAACUGCAAAAACCACAGAGUGAACCGGGUGGUGUUCCUGGGAAACAUGAAGCGGCUCCUCACGACAGGGGUCUCCAGGUGGAACACAAGACAGAUCGCCCUCUGGGACCAGGAGGACCUGUCCAUGCCCCUGAUCGAGGAGGAAAUUGAUGGGCUGUCUGGCCUCCUGUUCCCCUUCUACGAUGCUGAUACCCACAUGCUCUACCUGGCUGGAAAGGGGGAUGGAAACAUCCGGUACUACGAGAUCAGCACUGAGAAGCCCUACCUGACUUACCUCAUGGAGUUCCGCUCCCCAGCCCCGCAGAAAGGCCUCGGGGUCAUGCCCAAGCACGGCCUGGAUGUGUCGGCCUGUGAGGUGUUCCGCUUCUACAAACUGGUGACACUCAAGGGCCUGAUUGAGCCCAUCUCCAUGAUCGUGCCACGGAGGUCGGAUUCCUACCAGGAAGAUAUUUACCCCAUGACACCAGGCACAGAGCCAGCUCUGACCCCGGAUGAAUGGCUGGGAGGCAUCAACCGAGAUCCCGUGCUGAUGUCUUUGAAAGAAGGCUAUAAGAAGUCCUCAAAAAUGGUAUUUAAGGCUCCCAUCAAAGAAAAGAAGAGCGUUGUGGUCAAUGGAAUAGAUUUAUUAGAAAAUGUCCCACCCAGGACAGAGAACGAGCUCCUCCGAAUGUUCUUCCGGCAGCAGGAUGAGAUUCGGCGGUUGAAAGAGGAGCUGGCCCAGAAGGACAUCCGCAUGAGGCAGCUCCAACUGGAACUGAAAAACUUGCGCAACAGCCCCAAGAACUGUUAGCUUCCCAGUCGGGUUGUUUUCUAAGCUGGUCUCUCCAUUGUUUCUACUCGCUCCCAAACUUCCCCAUAUCCAGUGACCCCAGAGACAGAGCCAGGACUGGAGCUGGGGCCAGCCCGAGGACCCCGCCUAUCAACUCAAGAACUGGAAGCUGACCUUUGACCUCCUGACCUCAUGCUAAUAAAAGUUCCAGCCUCUUCUGGAGAUCCCCCCAACUGGCAGCCCCUUUCCCUGUCACCCCAGGAGCCAGGCUUCCCCUCAGCUGGGCGAAGACCACAGACUCCCAGAGGAGUGCCCUCAAUGGACCAGGGAGCAGAGGAGGAAGCGGGAUCCCAGCUAGAUGUAGAACUCGACUUUUCCCCUGCCAGGGGGCUGCCAGGACAUCUCAGCAUCACUGAUGGUACCACAGAGGAAGGACUGCAUUGCAGGCGGGAGUUCUCCCUCCCUAGUCCUGCCGCUCUCUUCUCUCCGCAGCCCUGGAAGCCUGAUUCACCCGACAGGGGCAGCGAGCAGCCCAGCUCCUUUCUGUCUCUUCCCUUCCCCCUUGUCUUCAGGGAAUUAAGAGGAUUGCUCUCCAAGGCCAUAAUGACCCCUGCACCCCCCAGUAUUCUCUUCAGAGCUCUUGCACACCCUUUGCCCAUUUAAUUUGUGAGCCAGUCAGGGUGGGGAUUAGUGUCCCCUUUUGACAAAUGACAGAACUGAGGGUUGCAAUGGGGAAGCAAUUACCAAGUCACCCAAUAGGUCAAGAGCGGACCCAGGACCAGGACUCUGGGUUUCCAGACCCCAAGGCCAGAGCCCUUCCUACUGCAUCAAGAUGCCAAUCCCAUUGUGGGCUUCACCAGCGCCCAAAUCUCUGUGGAGAAUGAGAACUGGAAGCCACUUCUAUCGUCUGCCCAACACCAGUAGUGCCAAUGUGCCACACUUGGAGGCCCAGUUGAGGCCCCUCACACUCAGUGCCCCUAGGCCUUCCUGGCCCGCACUCUCUGCUCCCACCCCCCCAGGGGACUCCAUUUAAGAUGAGGUCUCUUCCUCCUGGAAGCUGAGGCUGAGAAGGGUGGAGCUUGGCCCUGGGGACAGCAGAGCAGGGGUCUGAUGGCUUCUAGGGAUGCUCUGCGUGUGUCUCAGCACCACUCUCUCAGCCAGUCUCAGCCUUAUGCACGUAGAAUGACCACAGCCACUCCUAUCAGUAUAGCACUUUAAAGUUUACACAGUUCUUUGACACAUAGGGUCUCACUGAGCCUCACAUCUGCCCAGUUUGCAGAAGUGCUCCAAAGUCACAUAAUCUGACAUGCCACAUUUCAUUUGGUCUCUACACAUUUUCUUUUUUCCUCCUCUUUCUUUUCUCCCUUCAUUUCCCACUACCCACACAGAGUCCAUAAACACUGUUCUCAGAAAUGUUACAGUUCGGGGGUGAGAUCUGGGGAUCAAGAAAUGGGUGUCCACUCUUCUCCUUCCUUAGCUAGGAUCUAUAAGACAUGUGAUACCCCAUGCCUGCUGUGUCCCAUGGCCACUCUGCAGAACAUCCUGUCCACAAAGGCUGGGAAGCCCCUCCAGGUGGACUGGGCAGGGGAAAGCCUCCCACCCGUCAGGCCUUUCCUCUAAGACCUUCCAUCCUCCCCACCGGUUGCAGCAGGGUCUCCUCACCCCCACCCCCACAGCUAGACAGUGUCACCACCCAUCUUCUCCCCACACUUCUGGAGCUUUUUUUUUCUUCCCCAUUGACCUUUGUGGUCUUCUGUGAUUAUUUAUGCUGCCUCCCAAGGAUAGAAUUGAAAUAAAAUGUUUUCGACUUAUCAAA